ACGUUACAUAAUGUGAAAAUCAACUCUGACAGCUAAUUGAUCCCUGACUAAUAACCACUCAACUUUCCAAUUAGAAUGAUAGUGCUGGAUUUAUUAGGAAUAAUCCCCCCUCAAAUCGUGUUAGCGAGCAAUCUCUCAUAUUGCUUUUUGCAUCAGACAGGUGCGCCAUCAGACUUCUUAGAAAAUAAGAAAAGACCGACAAGGAUCAGAAAUGAUCAGAUCAAUGACGCUGGCUCCUGAGCUGAGCAGGGUGUCUGUGGAUUCAGCGUCCGGCUUCACAGUAGCUUCUUCACCCCCGGACCCUCAGGCCAGCAUGGACACCAGCAGCACACCCUGGGCCUCCGGCUCACCUCCUCCUCUUCCCUCUGUCCACUCCGAGGAGGCGACUGCGGCGCCCACCAUCUUCCCCCAGGUGGGCUACAGCAUUCUGUCGUUCCUCAUGUUCAUUAACACCGUGCUGUCGGUGUUCAACAACGGCCUGGUCAUCGUGGUGAUGCUGAAGAACCCCUCCCUCCUCCAGCCCAUGAGCAUCAUGAUCUUCAGCCUGGCCGUGUCCGACCUCAUGAUCGGCCUGUGCGGCUCGCUGGUGGUGACCAUCACCAACUACCACGGCUCUUUCUUCAUCGGACACGCCGCCUGCGUCUUCCAAGGAUUCUCAGUCAACUAUUUCGGUCUCGUCUCUCUCUGCACUCUUACUCUGCUCGCCUACGAGCGCUACAACGUGGUGUGCAAGCCAAAUCUUGGAUUGAGGCUGAGCAUGCGGAGAAGCAUCACGGGGCUGCUGUUUGUCUGGUUCUUCUGUUUAUUCUGGGCCGUGACUCCGCUGUUCGGCUGGAGCUCCUACGGACCAGAGGGGGUGCAGACGUCCUGCUCUCUGGCCUGGGAGGAGAGAUCGUGGAGCAACUACAGCUACCUGAUCCUUUACACGCUGGUCUGCUUCAUUCUGCCGGUCGCCAUCAUCAUUUACUGCUACUACAAGGUGCUGAAAUACAUGAUCAAGCUGAACAGGAGCGUGGAGCUUCAGGGCGGACGCCCCAGCCAGAAGGAGAACGACCACGCCAUCAGUAUGGUCCUGGCCAUGAUCGUAGCGUUCUUCGUGUGCUGGCUGCCCUACACGGCGCUGUCCGUGGUGGUGGUUGUGGAUCCGGAGCUGUACAUCCCGCCGCUGUUUGCCACAAUGCCCAUGUACUUCGCCAAGACCAGCCCCGUCUACAACCCCAUUAUUUACUUUCUCUCCAACAAACAGGUGAGUGACCAUAUUGAUCUAAAGUACAACCUCGAAUGAGAAAGCGUAAGGAAAAAUUGCCACUGUGGUUGUGAAAAUUGUGCUCUCCUCUCAGUUUCGUGAUUGCACUCUGGAUGUGUUGUCGUGCGGCCGCUACAUCCCCCACGGGCCCGCCACCGUCACCAUCCGCAUGCGGCCCUUGAACAGGAGGAGCUGGGCGUCCUCCUUAAGCAGGAACGUCAACACGCAAAGCAAAGUGUUGCCUCUCUGACU